UUUCUCCUCUUUAAACGUGGAGUUUUAUUUCUUCUUCUUCAGCAGCCAAAAGCUUUAACCCUAGUCCCCUCCGCCAUCUCCCUCGCCAAUCUCAGCCAUGGCCGCCGCCGUUGAAGUGGACGCUGAUAUUCAGCAGGCGCUCACCAAUGAGGUCAAGCUCUUCAACCGCUGGAGCUUUGACGAUGUUUCGGUCACCGACAUCAGUCUUGUGGACUACAUUGGGGUUCAGCCGGCAAAACACGCAACCUAUGUCCCUCACACUGCUGGAAGAUACUCUGUAAAGAGGUUCCGAAAGGCUCAAUGCCCAAUUGUGGAGAGGCUGACAAACUCUCUUAUGAUGCAUGGAAGGAACAACGGUAAGAAAUUGAUGGCCGUGAGGAUCAUUAAGCAUGCCAUGGAGAUCAUCCACCUCUUGACCGACCUUAACCCAAUCCAAGUUAUCGUUGAUGCUAUCGUGAACAGUGGACCACGAGAGGAUGCAACCAGGAUUGGAUCUGCUGGUGUGGUUAGGAGACAAGCCGUGGAUAUCUCUCCGCUCAGACGGGUCAACCAGGCUAUCUACUUGCUGACAACCGGUGCACGUGAGGCUGCUUUCAGAAACAUCAAGACCAUUGCAGAGUGCCUCGCCGAUGAACUGAUUAACGCAGCAAAGGGCUCAUCCAACAGUUAUGCCAUCAAGAAGAAGGACGAGAUUGAGAGAGUUGCAAAGGCUAACCGUUGAAGAAAGAACCCUUUUGCCCUUUGCGGUAUUAUUAUCUCUUCAAAGAGUGUUUUUGUUCUCUUCUGGCUUAGCGUGGGGGAUGGUGUUUCAGAUGAUUUGUUCUCUGUUCCAUGGUCUUUAAAUUUCAUCCUUAAACUCAUUCGGUAGAUAAAUUUUGAGACACUUUAUGCCAUUAAAUCGUCUUAUCAGUCUUAAGCUUAA